CGAACUUCCCACAGCUCGUAUGCACCCCUAAAUGUACGAAUCCUACCCGAUAGGAGAGUAAAGAAGGAAGAAAAUCCACAAAUUUAACGAAGAUGGCGAACGACUCUCCUGCUAAAAGUCUAGUAGAGAUAGAUCUCUCCUCUUUGCGGGACCCAGCGGGCAUAUUUGAAUUGGUUGAAGUGGUCGGAAAUGGCACAUACGGACAAGUCUAUAAGGGCCGCCAUGUCAAAACGGGUCAGCUGGCAGCCAUUAAAGUUAUGGAUGUUACAGAGGAUGAAGAGGAAGAAAUCAAACUGGAAAUCAAUAUGUUGAAAAAAUAUUCUCACCACAGAAAUAUAGCGACCUACUAUGGUGCUUUUAUAAAGAAGAGUCCACCUGGACAUGAUGAUCAACUCUGGCUUGUAAUGGAGUUUUGUGGUGCAGGAUCCAUUACUGACUUGGUGAAAAACACAAAAGGAAAUUCCCUGAAGGAAGACUGGAUUGCAUACAUCUGUAGAGAGAUCCUUCGGGGAUUGUCACAUCUUCAUGUCCAUCAUGUCAUUCAUCGUGAUAUCAAAGGCCAGAAUGUAUUGCUGACAGAAAAUGCUGAAGUGAAGCUGGUUGAUUUUGGUGUUAGUGCUCAACUGGACAGAACUGUUGGCAGAAGAAAUACCUUCAUCGGAACACCGUACUGGAUGGCGCCAGAAGUCAUUGCUUGUGAUGAGAAUCCAGAUGCAACAUAUGAUUACAGAAGUGACUUAUGGUCAUUAGGGAUCACAGCCAUCGAAAUGGCAGAAGGAGCACCUCCCCUCUGCGACAUGCACCCAAUGAGAGCACUCUUCCUAAUUCCCAGGAAUCCACCCCCACGUUUGAAGUCCAAAAAAUGGUCAAAGAAAUUUUUUAGUUUUAUUGAAAGUUGUUUGGUGAAGAAUUACAUGCUGCGACCUUCAACUGAACAUCUGUUAAAACAUCCAUUUAUCCGUGACCAGCCCAAUGAACGGCAAGUUCGAAUUCAGCUGAAAGAUCAUAUUGAUAGGACAAGGAAGAAGAGAGGAGAAAAAGAUGAAACAGAAUAUGAAUACAGCGGGAGUGAAGAAGAAGAAGAAGAAUUGCCUGAGCAAGAGGGAGAGCCAAGUUCGAUUGUUAAUGUGCCUGGAGAAUCAACUCUUCGUCGUGACUUCCUGAGAUUGCAACAGGAGAACAAGGAGCGUUCUGAGGCAAUGCGCAGGCAGCAACUCCUUCAGGAACAGCAGCUCCGAGAACAGGAAGAGUAUAAAAGACAACUCCUUGCAGAGCGCCAAAAACGCAUUGAGCAACAGAAGGAACAAAGGCGACGACUUGAAGAGCAACAGAGAAGGGAGAGAGAAGCGCGAAGGCAACAGGAACGUGAACAAAGAAGGCGAGAGCAGGAGGAAAAGCGAAGACUAGAUGAAUUGGAACGUCGAAAGAAGGAGGAGGAGGAAAGAAGAAGGGCAGAAGAGGAAAAGAGGAGAGUGGAAAGAGAACAGGAGUACAUCAGACGUCAGCUGGAAGAGGAGCAACGUCAUUUAGAGAUUCUUCAGCAGCAAUUGCUUCAAGAGCAGGCCAUGUUAUUGGAGUACAAAUGGCGUGAGAUGGAGGAGCAGCGACAGGCUGAGAGAUUGCAGCGCCAGUUACAGCAAGAGCAAGCUUACCUUCUGUCCCUCCAACAUGACCACAGACAGCAGGAAAGGAAUAAAUCUUACCAUGCACCAGAAUCUAAGCCUCAUUUUGAAGCAACAGAUAGAAGUAGGGAGGUUGAUGAAAGAUUCAAGAAGAAUAACCAGGGCUCACCUCAAGCACAAUCAAAACAGAAUAGCAAAAUUUUGGAACCUCCAGUGCCUUCAAGAUCAGAAUCGUUUUCAAAUGGAAGUUCUGAAUCUAAUCCCGUUGCAUCACACAGGCCCAUGGAGUCACAGGUUACAGUGAGACCAACACCGAGAUCCCCUGUGUUGUCUCGUCGGGAUUCUCCAUUGCAAGCCAGUAGUCAGCCGAGUGCCCAGAGUGGUCCAAAAACUUCCACAAGCAAUAUAGAGCCCAGACUGUUAUGGGAGAGGGUAGAGAAACUCGUACCAAGACCAGGCAGUGGCAGCUCCUCAGGCUCCAGCAACUCUGGCUCGCAGCCAGGAUCUCAUCCCGGCUCUCAAACUGGAUCUGGUGAACGUUAUAGGCUACGAUCCUCAUCAAAAUCUGAGGGUUCACCAUCUCAACGUCAUGAAAAUGUUAACAGAAAGCAAGAAGAUAAAAAGGAGUUAAGGCCAAGCCGACCAGCUUUUCAGGAUCUUGCUGCCUUGGCUAAAGAACUUCGAGCUGUAGAUGAUGCCCGACCUCCUCAGAAAGUUACUGAUUAUUCUUCAUCGAGUGAUGAAUCAGGAACUACAGAUGAAGAAGAUGACGACCUGGAACAAGAGGGAACUGAUGAAACCGAACCCAUGUCAGAUGAUGCUAGGGCAGUGUCGUCAAAGCUGAGCAAUGGAGAAACUGAAUCAGUGAAUACAAUGAUAGUUCGUGAUGAUCUGGAGCUGUUGACUGAAACUUCUGUUACUCCCUCUAAAGAUGGCACUUUAAUUGUUCGACAGAGCGCAGGUGACUUAAAGCGUGCCAGCCACCAUGAGAGUAAUGGCUUUGCAACCCGCAUUCACCUCUUGCCAGAUCUCAUACAGCAAAGCCAUUCCUCCACCUCCCCAACCAGCCAGCAGUCUCCUAUCAUGUCCCCUCAGCUGCCCCAGGACGAGCUUACUACUAAUGAGACCCAGUCAGCAGGAAACACACUUCAGAAACACAAGUCUUCCUCAUCAUUUACACCAUUUAUAGAUCCCAGGUUAUUGCAAAUAUCCCCAUCUAGUGGGACCACUAUAUCUUCUAUGGUUGUUUUUUCAAAUGACCAGAUUAGACCAGAGUCGAUGAGACAGGAUCCAAGUAGAAAAGGCUCAGUUGUCAAUGUAAAUCCAACCAAUAUAAGGCCACAGAGUGAUACGCCAGAAAUCCGCAAGUACAAAAAGAGAUUCAACUCGGAGAUUCUUUGUGCUGCCUUAUGGGGCAAGUGUGAAUUUAUAGUGGGUACCGAGAGUGGGCUGAUGCUGCUGGACAGAAGUGGUCAAGGGAAGGUGUAUCCUCUAAUCAAUCGUCGGCGGUUUCAACAGAUGGAUGUGCUUGAGGGCCUGAAUGUGCUGGUAACAAUAUCAGGGAAGAAAAACAAAUUACGAGUAUAUUACCUGUCCUGGUUAAGAAACAAAAUAUUGCAUAAUGAUCCUGAAGGAAAAAAGCAAGGCUGGACGACAGUUGGUGACUUAGAAGGAUGUGUGCAUUAUAAAGUUGUAAAGUAUGAAAGGAUCAAGUUUUUAGUGAUUGCUUUGAAGAAUUCUGUUGAAGUCUAUGCAUGGGCUCCAAAGCCAUACCACAAAUUUAUGGCCUUUAAGUCUUUCACAGACCUGCUGCACAGGCCAUUACUGGUAGAUCUCACAGUGGAAGAAGGGCAGAGGCUAAAGGUGAUCUAUGGCUCUAGCGCUGGCUUCCACGCAGUUGAUGUGGACUCUGGGACAGUCUAUGAUAUUUAUCUGCCAACACAUAUCCAAAGCAGCAUCCAACCACACGCAAUUAUUAUACUUCCAAAUACAGACGGAAUGGAAUUGUUGGUAUGUUAUGAAGAUGAAGGAGUAUACGUUAACACCUAUGGGAGAAUUACUAAAGAUGUGGUUUUACAGUGGGGAGAGAUGCCUACAUCUGUCGCUUAUAUCCGAUCCAAUCAGAUUAUGGGUUGGGGAGAAAAGGCCAUUGAAAUCCGUUCAGUGGAAACUGGACAUUUGGAUGGUGUGUUUAUGCACAAAAGAGCACAGCGACUAAAAUUCCUUUGUGAGCGUAACGACAAGGUCUUUUUUGCUUCAGUUCGUUCUGGUGGAAGCAGCCAGGUUUACUUCAUGACUCUUGGUAGGAGUUCACUUCUCAGCUGGUAGAAAAGCAAGUCAUGGUUUGAGAGAAACCAGUGUCUACUCAAGAUCUUUAAAGCCUUGAAUGAACUAACAACUGGAGAACAAACUGCACUGAUGUAAUGCAUUGCCCAAACCUAUCACUGAAAUUAAGUGAACUGAAAUGAGGAUGCAAUGCCACUGGUGCUGUGAUAAUUUUACUGUCAGGUGACUGCCAGUCUAGAAUAGAAAAAAACACCUCAUCUCAAUUACAACAUCCCGUGGCUUAAGAUGUCUGCUUUUUACUUGAGAAAAGAGCCCAAUGAAUGCAGGAGGUUGGUUCUAAUGUAGUCACGCAAAGGGGAAGAGGAAGCAGUGGUAGGCAGACAAUAAAGAAUUGUGCAUCAUGGAUAAGGGGAAUCUGAUUUUUUUUAAAUGUAUAUCAUUCUAAGUGACUUUUUUUUGUAAGGUGACAGAUGUUUUAGAAAGAAAGAAAAUGCAAGUUUGGAAUUUUAAUUGAAAUGUGAAUGACAGAUUGGGAGAAGGCCUUUGCAAGGGGAAGGUGUUUUUGCUCUUUUUCUGUAUAUCAGGUUUUGCUUGUGUUCUCAAUCUUUUUUUUUAAAAAGUAAAUCGAAAUUUGUGCAGAGGACGAGGUUUUCAGAUUUGUAUGGAUUUAUGAGGCAGACCAGAAACUUGAUGUUUGGUUACAGUAUUAAAGCUGCCUCUCCUUGGUUAGACUAUUUGUAGCAGUGCAAAAGCAGUUUAACAAAUCUUGCACUCGUAAAUUGCCCAAACUACUUUUAAAAAAAUUUAUUUUGCCUACCUCAUUUGUUUAAGAAAGGAAAAAGAGGUGGAUUAGUCAUUUUAAUGUUAUUUGUAUCUGAAACUUGCAUCUUUGUCUAAUUUAAAGUUUAUUAAUACCAAAUUUAGGAUGAAAUGUUUGUCGACUGUUGGUUAAAUUGUAGCUCGUUUUAGUAGGCAAACAGUGUGAUUUUUUUGUAAUUGGAAGAUACCAGCUGUGAGCAGAAACAGGCAAAUUUGUGGUCAGCUGUUGUGCUUAUAAGUCGAAUGUGGAGGCAGGUAAUCAGCUGUUCUAAAUGUGGUUGAAGCAAUAGCCACAAUUGUGAUCCUCCGUUUCUGUGCGCAGCAACAACUGACAUUCUUGUUACUCAGCAGAAUGGGAUUUAAGUAGCAGUUUGAAAAUAGUUUUACUAAGCUGUUCUAUUGCAUUAGAAUAAACUGUAUAUGUAGUUGGGAUCAGGUGGUUGAUUUAAGAUGCAAUGCACUAAAAACACUUAAUUUCAAGAAUGUAGUAAAACUGCUUAUCAAUACAGUAUAUCUUCCCAUAUUUAGAUCCAAAAUUCCAGCUGUGGAAUAAUUUUUUUAAUAUCGCUGUAAACAGAAUUUUAUUUUACAAAUGUUAGACAUUUACAAAUGUGUCUACAGUAAUAAUCUGUUGAAUUGUCACUCAAUUACUUGAGAUACCUAUUGUGUAUAAUAUACUAUACUGUCGUAAUAAUGCACAGUAGCAUUAUAUUGAUCCAAUGAUAUGUUAAACUUUUUUUUGGUACUUUUGUAAACAGCUGCCUUAUGCUGUUAUGUGCACAGGUUCUCAACACUUUACAGGGCUUAGUUCUCUUAGAGGAGACUAUUCUUUCUGCAGUGAAAUUUUCUCAGUAUGGUACAAGGAGAUUGAAGGUGUACCAUGGGAAUUUUUCAUUCACUUAUGUCACUGUGAUCUUUUUCUCUAGCAGCUCCUGUUCACUGAAUAAUUUGCAAUUGUCUCUCCUAUGUCAUCCAUUUGGAACUGUAAAAGUAAUUGUAGGAACUUCCUGACAUAAGUAGGUUUACUGUGAGCAGAAUAUUUUUGGAUUUAAAAUAAAACACUGUUAAAGGUCUUGAUGUUAGAGGUAUUUCCUCUCAGCAGAGUCUGUGAUUGGCAACUCCCACCUACGAGAAGUGCCACAGUGGUGUAACAGUAUUAAAAUACCACUAUGUUUGUUUUAAAAAUAAUUUCAUCAGAUUGUUUCAAUGCUUUCUGAGUAGGUGAAAAUGCCUAUAAUUUUAAAUUCUAAUACUUCCUUUAAAGUAAAAUAACAUUUGUUGUAUGACUGCAGUGUCUCUAUCUUAUGCACGUUAUGUUCAAGAAAAUGUUUACAAAAUUGUUUUGUUACACUAAUGUGCAUCAUAUAUAUUUAUGUUUUUUUUCUGAAAUGAUCUGUUUUAGUUUUAGUUUUGUAUUGCGAGUACACUUGAUGUUUAUAACCCUGAACUCUGCUGAUAACCAAGAAACUGAUAUAAAAAUAAAAUGAGGUGUACUGUAUCUAACUGCGAAGCAGAUUGGGAAAUACAGUUACAAGUAAACCUCGUCAAACAGUUUUCUGCAAUGUGGUCUAACUUAUGUCUUUGUGUAUUAUGAGAAUUCCUGUAUUUUCCCUGAAGUUCAUUUUUUCUUGAAUAAAAUCAACUUAAUGCACA